GCCGAUCUAGGAGCAGUGUUUCUCAGACGUCUACGGAGGCUCUAUGGUUCGGGGAGAGGCCAGAGCAGCUGCCGCCGCGGGGCAUUAUGGGGCGGGCAAUGGCGGCGCCCGGCGAGCGGAGGGUCAGGCCUUGAAGUGGCCGCGCCGUGGAGCACCAGGUGGAGGCUGACGCGAGCUGGGCCCUUUCUCCCUCGAAGGCGCAGCGCCCGGAAGCUCAGCGAGCCGGGGCCUCGUCCGGGGCGGCGCCUUCUGGAAGCCCCGCGAGCGGCUGGGCCUCCUGAGGAUGGAGGACACCCCCCAGGAGGCGUCGCUGCACCGGCUGGCGGGCCUGGCGCCGGAGACGCAGGUGGGCGGCCUCGUGGUCAAGAAGAAGAAGAGCGCCGCCGAGGAGCAGCACGUCUUCAAGAUCCCGGCGCCGCGCACCUCCCUCCUGGGCCUCGAUCUCCUGGCCGCGCAGAAGCGCCGCGAGCGGGAGGAGAAGGACGGCGGGGGCGGCGCGGAGGAGAGGAAGCGGUCCCGCGUCUCCUCCUACAAGGACUGGGCGGAGGGCCGGGAUGAGGGCGCCGGCGGGGGCGACGAGGAGGAGGGCGACGCGGCCGGGCGCAGCAGCCGCAAAGACAGGCACUAUCGUUCGGCCCGGGUGGAGACGCCGUCGCACACCGGGGGAGUCAGCGAAGAGUUCUGGGAGCGCAGCCGGCAGCGGGAAAGAGAGCGCCGUGAGCACGGGGUCUACGCUUCCUCCAAGGAAGAGAAAGAGCGCAGGAGGGACCACGGUCGGGAGCGGGACCACGAUCGCAAACGGGACCGAGAUGAGCGGGACCGAAGUAAGCGCAGCAGCAGCCGGUCAGAGCGGGAGGUCUCCUCAGAGAGGAGCGGCAGCAGUCGGAGGAAUGAGCCGGAGAGUCCUCGCCACCGGCCCAAAGAUGCAGCUACACCUUCCCGCUCCAGCUGGGAGGAGGAAGAUAGCGGCUACAGCAGUUCACGUCGCUCCCAGUGGGAGUCUCCCUCCCCUACUCCCUCCUGCCGGGACUUGGAGAGGAGUAACCGGGGAUCUGCUUCCCGUGACAGCGAGAGGCAUGACCGAGAGCGGUAUGGAGGUGCAGUUUGCGUUGUGGGGUCUAUCAGGAGCAAAUACCCAGAGGACACCCCAUUGCCAACCCCUUCAUACAAAUACAAUGACUGGGCAGAUCAUCAAAGACACUCUGGUGCAACACCAUGGCUCUCCAGAGGCAGAGGGAGGCGUGAGGAUGGUGAGGAUGGCAUUGCUUUUGAAACGGAGGAGGAGCGGCAGCAAUGGGAAGAUGACCAGCGGCAAGCCGACAGGGACUGGUACAUGAUGGACGAGGGCUAUGAUGAGUUCCACAACCCCCUGGCCUCUUCAUCGGAGGAGUACGUGAGGAAGCGGGAGCAGCACCUGCAGAAGCAGAAGCAGAAGCGCAUUUCAGCUCAGCGCAGGCAGAUUAACGAGGAUAAUGAGCGCUGGGAGACAAACCGCAUGCUGACGAGUGGCGUAGUGCACCGGCUGGAGGUGGACGAGGACUUUGAGGAGGAUAACGCUGCCAAGGUCCACCUGCUGGUUCACAACCUGGUGCCUCCCUUCCUGGAUGGGCGCAUUGUCUUCACUAAGCAGCCUGAGCCAGUGAUCCCUGUCAAGGAUGCCACUUCGGACCUGGCAAUUAUCGCCCGCAAGGGCAGCCAGCUGGUGCGUAAGCACCGCGAACAGAAAGAGCGCAGAAAGGCCCAGCACAAGCACUGGGAGUUGGCGGGCACCAAACUGGGGAACAUCAUGGGCAUCAAGAAGGAGGAGGAGGAGGAGGGGCCGAAGCUGAUCGUGGCAGAGGAUGGCACUGUGGAUUACAGGACAGAGCAGAAGUUUGCUGAUCACAUGAAGGAGAAGAGCGAAGCCAGCAGCGAGUUUGCCAAGAAGAAGUCGAUUGUGGAGCAGAGGCAGUAUCUGCCCAUCUUUGCUGUGCAGCAAGAACUGUUGACGGUGAUUAGAGACAACAGCAUUGUGAUUGUGGUUGGGGAGACGGGCAGUGGCAAAACCACGCAGUUGACGCAAUACCUGCAUGAGGACAGCUAUACGGACUACGGCAUGAUUGGCUGCACGCAGCCCCGCCGGGUGGCAGCCAUGUCUGUGGCCAAGCGUGUCAGUGAGGAGAUGAGUGUGAGCCUCGGUGAGGAGGUGGGCUAUGCCAUCCGCUUUGAGGAUUGCACUUCAGAGAAUACUGUGAUCAAGUACAUGACUGAUGGGAUCUUGCUGCGCGAGUCUUUGCGUGAAGCCGACCUUGACCAUUAUAGCGCUAUCAUCAUGGAUGAAGCACACGAACGCUCUCUCAACACAGAUGUGCUCUUUGGCCUUCUGCGUGAGGUGGUGGCCCGACGCUCGGAUCUGAAGCUGAUUGUUACCUCAGCCACCAUGGAUGCAGAGAAGUUUGCUGCUUUCUUUGGGAAUGUGCCUAUUUUCCACAUCCCGGGCCGCACCUUCCCUGUAGACAUCCUCUUUAGUAAGACCCCCCAAGAGGACUACGUGGAAGCAGCAGUGAAGCAAGCCCUGCAGGUGCAUCUCUCAAGCGCCCCAGGAGACAUUCUGAUCUUCAUGCCAGGCCAGGAGGACAUUGAGGUCACCUCGGAGCAGAUUGUGGAGCACUUGGAGGAGCUGGAGAACGCACCUGCGCUGGCUGUCCUGCCCAUCUACUCCCAGCUGCCCUCUGACCUGCAAGCCAAGAUUUUCCAGAAGGCACCGGAUGGCGUCCGGAAGUGCAUUGUGGCCACCAACAUUGCAGAGACCUCACUGACGGUGGAUGGGAUCAUGUUUGUGAUCGACUCUGGCUACUGCAAGCUGAAGGUUUUCAACCCACGGAUUGGCAUGGAUGCCUUGCAGAUCUUCCCUAUCAGCCAGGCCAAUGCAAAUCAGCGCUCGGGGCGAGCUGGACGGACGGGCCCAGGUCAGUGUUUCAGGCUGUACACCCAGAGCGCAUACAAGAAUGAAUUGCUGACAACCACUGUCCCAGAGAUCCAGCGCACCAACCUGGCCAACGUUGUGCUUCUGCUCAAGUCUUUGGGGGUGCAGGACCUGCUGCAAUUCCACUUCAUGGAUCCCCCUCCGGAAGACAACAUGCUAAACUCUAUGUACCAGUUGUGGAUCCUCGGGGCGCUAGAUAACACGGGUGGGCUGACAUCAACGGGGCGCCUGAUGGUAGAGUUUCCCCUCGAUCCAGCCCUCUCAAAGAUGCUGAUCGUGUCCUGUGACAUGGGCUGCAGCUCAGAAAUCCUGUUGAUUGUCUCCAUGCUCUCUGUUCCAGCCAUUUUCUACCGGCCCAAGGGCCGGGAGGAAGAGAGCGACCAGGUCCGGGAGAAGUUUGCUGUCCCUGAGAGUGAUCACUUGACUUACCUGAAUGUUUACCUGCAGUGGAAGAACAACAGCUACUCCACACUCUGGUGCAACGAGCACUUCAUCCAUGCCAAGGCUAUGCGCAAGGUACGGGAGGUGCGAGCACAGCUGAAGGAUAUCAUGGUGCAGCAGCGGAUGAGCUUGGCAUCCUGUGGCACUGACUGGGAUGUGGUUCGUAAGUGCAUCUGCGCUGCCUACUUUCACCAGGCUGCCAAGCUGAAGGGUAUUGGCGAGUACGUCAAUGUCCGUACAGGGAUGCCCUGCCACUUGCACCCCACCAGUUCACUCUUUGGCAUGGGCUACACGCCUGAUUACAUCGUCUACCAUGAGCUUGUGAUGACCACCAAGGAGUACAUGCAGUGUGUCACAGCAGUGGAUGGUGAAUGGCUGGCUGAAUUGGGACCCAUGUUCUACAGCAUCAAGCAUGCUGGCAAGUCUCGCCAGCUAAAGUCAUUCUGUGUAUCGGAGGGGCAGAAGCCCUGAAAGCCUGGAUUGGGUCAGCCCAAGCACGAGUGAUAGCAGAGCUGCAGUCGGAAUGGACAGCUGGUUUCUGAUGGGAUUCCUGCAAAGGAACACGGACCUCAAAUCUAAUUCGGGGAAGCGCCGCUAAAAGAAAGGUGGCCAGACUUGGGGUCACGUAGCACAGGCUCACUUGGCUGAUCCUUUAACAUUUGGGGUUCAAAACGUAUUGCAGUAAAAAAAGAGGAGUCAUACGUCGGAAGGGUCAGGUCAGCUCCCGCCUCCUUCAGUUGCACUCAGUCUGCUUGCUCU